AUGGCUGAAGGCAGCAACUACGACUAUCUCUUCAAGGUUGUCCUUAUUGGUGACUCUGGCGUCGGGAAAUCAAACUUGCUUUCGCGGUUCACACGUAACGAAUUUAACUUGGAGUCAAAGUCAACAAUUGGCGUCGAGUUUGCAACACGUUCAAUAAAUGUCGAUGGGAAGACCGUUAAGGCUCAGAUUUGGGAUACAGCCGGGCAAGAGCGUUACCGAGCAAUCACAUCUGCCUACUAUCGGGGAGCUGUCGGUGCCCUGUUAGUCUACGACAUUGCUAAGCAUGCAACCUAUGUCAACGUCACAAGAUGGCUGAAGGAACUGCGGGACCAUGCCGAUUCAAACAUCGUUAUCAUGCUGGUGGGAAACAAGAGCGACUUGAAGCACUUAAGGGCAGUGCCGACGGAUGAGGCCAAGGCGUUCUCAGUGGAGAACGGACUGUCAUUCAUAGAAACAUCAGCGCUGGAUGCUUCGAAUGUCGAAUCAGCUUUCCAAACUAUCUUGACUGACAUCUACCGUAUCGUGUCAAGCAAAACCCUCGAGGCCUCUUCCACCCCAGCUGAUCAGCCUACGGCGGGCAUUAGGGUCGAUCCAAGUCUUCCUUCAGAUUCCACUGCUGGAUCCAGCAAGUGUUGUUAG